UGCAGGCGUCACUCAGGUGGGUUGGCUCGCUUUCCUUCCUUGUCCCCACCCGUGACGUUCUGUUCCUGCCAAACAGGUCACAGUGAGAGAAGCAGCAGAGGCAUUUGGAGCAGCACUUGUCCAGGCAGUCGGAGACAGGGGGGACUCGACAGCCCCCUUUUGAGAAGUAAAGGACCAGUCGCUCUCACUCCUUUGUUGAGGACCUUCUGAAUGAGAUGGUUGAAGAAGCAUCAUUAACAUUAGUGGAUGAAGCAGAGCAUUCUGUAUAAAAUAAAUAAAUAAUUAAAACGGGGACAAGUUGUAUCACAACUAACAUGAGACUCCGAGAGGGACUCUUCAUCCUCCUGACGCUCUUAAUCCUCAUUAUGGCCUGGCUCUUCAUCAGCAUGUCUGUGCAUCCAAGACACAGCAUCACCCUGCUCCAAAACUUCAUAGGCGGUGCACCACCCAGAAGAGAGCACGUGACCACCAAGACUGCCUUGUACAAAUGCCGAAUGACCAAGGAGUGCCCUCCAGAUUAUUAUGCCUUCUAUAUAAAGAGCGGAGCAGCCAACGUGGUGAACCCCAACAUAUGCUUUGAAAACAAAACGUUGCUAAGUGGUCCGCUCGGAAAUGCUGGCAGUGGAAUGAACAUCGCUGUCCUGAAUAGUUUAACGGGACAACUAUUAAAUACAGGAUCCUUUGACAUGUACUCUGGAGAUCCUGCGGAAUUGCUGAAGUUCCUUAAGGAGAUUCAGGCUGAAACUUUAAUUCUAGCCGCUUCUGGAGAUGACAUCGGGACCAAAAUGAAUGAUGAAAUCAGGGACAUCUUUACGAGCUUUGGAAGUCAAUUUAUUAAGUCGGUGAAAUUCAGGGAUAAUUGGAUUUUUGUGGGAGCUCCGAAAAUCAAGAGCACCUCGCCAUUUGAACAGCACCUGGAAAAUAAUAAGGAAACCAACAAAUACGAUGGCUGGCCUGAGAUGUUGGAAAUGAACGGCUGCAUCCCAAGAGCAUUUUAGACAAAUUUUUGCUUUUCAACAAAGGCAAGUGGGUUGGUGUGAAAUGUGCUAAAAUAACCGAAGCUCCAAAAUAAGAUUAUCAUUUUUGAUUUGUUCGUAUUUUUCAUGGAGGCUUCCACCAUUCCUAUGAAUAUAUGUUUUUAUACGGUAUAAUUAUUUUUUUUUCCCCCCACACAAUUAGGAGACAGACUUUUUACACAAAAUAACGAGAUGACUCUCCCUCCCCAUAAGAUGCCUUGCUGUUUGUUUCUAAACUCUGUUGUUUGAAUCUGGGGUCAGCAUCAAGAGGGGGCUUCAAGCCGAAUGGCUAAAGAAACACAAGAGUGAUGUUGAUGCUGUUCUGUUCCACUCCGCUGUUGGGAAUGCCAUUUGUUAUGUUUCAUGUGCUUACCUGUUUAUAGGGCUGUUUUAUUAAAUAAAUUGCUAUUUUGAA